ACACAAUCCAGCCUGUAUAAACAUCCUCUCAUCUACCAGACCACAUCCCUUGCACCUGCGAACUCUCCACGCCUCCACAAAUAAAGCUCGUCCCGAGGAAGGGCGGCGACCCACCCCCCCCAAUCGCCAAAACCCUAACUCCGAUCCGAUCGAGCUCUGCUUCCCAUGGCGACUGCCGCGAGCCAGGCGAGCCUCCUGCUCCAGAAGCAGCUCAAAGAUCUCGCGAAGAACCCCGUGGAUGGGUUCUCGGCGGGGCUUGUGGACGAUAGCAACGUGUUCGAGUGGCAGGUCACCAUCAUCGGCCCGCCCGAUACCCUGUAUGAUGGAGGCUACUUCAAUGCAAUAAUGACCUUCCCCCAGAAUUAUCCGAAUAGUCCCCCAUCAGUAAGGUUUACCUCUGAGAUGUGGCAUCCAAAUGUUUAUCCUGAUGGGCGCGUAUGCAUUUCUAUCCUUCAUCCACCUGGCGAAGAUCCCAACGGUUAUGAGCUUGCGAGCGAACGGUGGACACCUGUGCAUACAGUUGAAAGUAUAGUUCUGAGCAUCAUUUCGAUGCUCUCUAGUCCAAAUGAUGAGUCUCCAGCAAAUAUUGAAGCGGCUAAGGAUUGGAGAGAAAAGAGGGACGAUUUCAAGAAAAAGGUUAGACGCAUUGUUCGUAAAUCACAGGAAAUGCUCUGAAAGAUAAGGAGCACAAGGGGGAGUAAGCGAGUGCUACAACAGGUGCACUACACUUAACUGUCUGUCGUCAAACGACUACCUAAAGAUAGCAUUUUUGCUUCUUCCCCUGUAUAUUUCCCCCUCAGUGUCAUUCGAGUGGUGAUGUUGGUCUUGUCUCCGAGAUGCUCGGAAAUGUUGCCUAUUCUAGAAAUUUCGAUUGUAUUGUGUGGCAUGGAGUGUCAACGUUGAGGAAUAUUUUGGAAUGCUGCCAAUUAGUCAUAAUUGUCGUAAUGAACUUUUCAUAACAGAAAACCUAGUUUCACAUAUCUGUUGGCUUACUGCAGCAGCCCGGAAUGCCAUCUCGUUGUGAGUAUAUAACUCUGAUUUGUUUGA